AUGAAAGCCACUAUUCUUCUUGUUACUGCGUCUUUGAGCCAGGCGUUGGCCCAGGUCUCAUCCCACCCGUUUCCCUGGUCGGCUCCCGGCCCUGACGAUGUGCGAGGGCCUUGUCCCAUGCUGAACACACUUGCAAACCACGGAUUCCUACCACACGACGGCAAAGACAUUACAGAAGACCGCAUAGUGGCGGUACUAAACAAUUCACUCAAUAUCGCUGAAGACCUUUCCCAGUUCCUGUUCAAGGAAGCACUAACCACGAACCCCGAUCCAAACGCAACUACCUUUUCUCUGAGCGAUCUCAGUCGUCAUAAUAUCCUGGAGCAUGAUGCCAGUUUGAGCCGCCAGGACUUUUACUUCGGGGAUAACCAUGACUUCAACCAGACCGUCUUCGACGAGACACGAUCGUAUUGGAUAGCCCCUCUCAUUGAUUUCAAUGCAGCAGCGCAUGCCCGCCUGGCUCGAGUGAAUACCUCGAUGGCUACCAAUCCCACCUAUACCGAGUCGGAAACUGGUCAUGCGUUCAGCUAUGGGGAGAGCGCUGCCUAUAUGAUUGUUUUUGCAGAGGGCUCUGAGACGGCUAAUCGGUCGUGGGUGGAAUACUUCUUUGAGCAUGAGCGUCUGCCCCAGCAGCUUGGUUGGACCAAACCCCAAGAGAGUAUUUCGACAUCGGUCCUUAUAGAUACGGUUACAGGCAUUGUGAACGCUUCUGAUGCUUCUGUUCUGGAGGUUGCCGAGCUGAUUGAUUUUGUCGACUUGCACGUAGGCCCCAUGCCAUGA